GCGAGGAGCAGCGGCCAUGACAGCGGAGAAGGCGCUGCCCCUGGGCGACGCGAAGGCGGCAGGGGAGGCGCGGGAGACCCAGGCGCUCGGCGGCGGCGGAGACGCGCGCGGCCGUACACGCGACAAGGCGGUUCACGAGCGCGGCCACUGGAAUAACAAGGUGGAGUUCGUGCUGAGCGUGGCCGGCGAGAUCAUCGGGCUGGGCAACGUGUGGCGCUUCCCCUACCUGUGCUACAAGAACGGUGGAGGAGCAUUCCUGAUUCCCUACGUGGUGUUUUUUAUUUGCUGUGGCAUUCCUGUUUUUUUCCUGGAAACAGCUUUGGGGCAAUUCACAAGUGAAGGUGGCAUUACAUGUUGGAGGAAAGUCUGCCCUUUAUUUGAAGGCAUUGGCUAUGCUACGCAGGUGAUUGAGGCCCAUCUGAACGUGUACUACAUCAUCAUCCUGGCCUGGGCCAUCUUUUACCUGAGCAACUGCUUUACCACUGAGCUUCCCUGGGCCACCUGUGGGCAUGAAUGGAACACAGAGAAAUGUGUGGAGUUCCAGAAGCUGAACGUGAGCAACUACAGCCAUGUGUCCCUGCAGAACGCCACUUCCCCCGUCAUGGAGUUUUGGGAGUUACAGAGUCACUUGGUGUUGGGCACCCCAUCUGCUGCGAAAGAGAUGAAGAGGACACUGUCCCUCCCUGGCAAAACACGCAGGCGCCGCGUUCUGGCCAUCUCUGAUGGGAUUGAGCACAUCGGGAACCUCCGCUGGGAGCUGGCGUUGUGUCUCCUGGCAGCUUGGACCAUCUGCUACUUCUGCAUCUGGAAGGGCACCAAGUCAACAGGAAAGGUUGUGUAUGUUACCGCGACCUUCCCCUAUGUCAUGCUUCUCAUCCUCCUGAUCCGAGGAAUCACAUUGCCGGGGGCUGCUGAAGGCAUCAAGUUCUACCUGUACCCUGACAUCUCCCGUCUCUCCGACCCACAGGUGUGGGUGGAUGCUGGAACGCAGAUUUUCUUCUCUUACGCCAUCUGCCUGGGCUGCCUGACUGCCCUGGGCAGCUACAACAACUACAACAACAACUGCUACAGGGACUGCAUCAUGCUCUGUUGCCUAAACAGCGGCACCAGCUUUGUGGCUGGCUUUGCCAUCUUCUCAGUCUUGGGCUUCAUGGCCUACGAGCAGGGUGUGCCCAUUGCUGAGGUGGCUGAGUCUGGGCCUGGCCUGGCCUUCAUUGCCUACCCCAAAGCUGUCACAAUGAUGCCUCUGUCCCCACUGUGGGCAGCCCUGUUCUUCAUGAUGCUCAUCUUCCUGGGCUUGGACAGCCAGUUUGUGUGUGUGGAAAGCUUGGUGACGGCUGUGGUGGACAUGUAUCCAAAGAUCUUCCGGAGGGGCUACCGGCGAGAGCUGCUCAUCCUGGCGCUGUCCGUGGUCUCCUACUUCCUGGGCCUCGUGAUGCUGACGGAGGGAGGCAUGUACAUAUUCCAGCUCUUUGACUCUUAUGCUGCCAGCGGGAUGUGCCUGCUCUUCGUGGCCAUCUUUGAAUGUGUGUGCAUCGGCUGGGUAUAUGGAAGCAACCGGUUCUAUGACAACAUUGAAGACAUGAUUGGCUACCGGCCACCGUCACUCAUUAAGUGGUGCUGGAAGGUGGUGACCCCUGGGAUCUGUGCGGGUAUCUUCAUCUUCUUCCUUAUCAAGUACAAGCCGCUCAAAUACAACAACGUCUACACAUACCCUGCCUGGGGCUAUGGCAUCGGCUGGCUCAUGGCGCUGUCCUCCAUGCUCUGCAUCCCACUCUGGGUCUGCAUCCAGCUAUGGCGGAUGGAGGGCACACUAUCUGAGAAAUUCCGGAAGUUGACAGUACCCAGUGCAGAUCUGAAAAUGCGGGGCAAGCUUGGGGCAGGCCCACGGACGGUGACAGUUAAUGACUGUGAUGCCAAGCUCAAGGGUGACGGCAGCAUCGCGGCCAUCACAGAGAAGGAGACACACUUCUGAGUCUGGCUGUCUGCCUACCACCUCAUUUCUCCUCCUUCCCUGCCCAUGUGUAAAUGACCCUGAGCUUCUCCUAAUGGUAGGGGCUUUGCUUCUGUACACAGGAUAUAUUAACAUGUUAAUCUCCAUGGGCCACUGUACACUCAGCUGACAGCCCCUGUCCCCGCCUUGCUCAGUGACCAUGGAAGUAUCGGCCACCACGAGAUAAUACUGUACAGUGACUAGCACCUCUCACAUCCCACCGUGGUUUUAAUCAGUGUGUCCUAGGGAUCAGUGUGCCAUAUUGUAAAACUUUUAUACUGGGGCUGUGGGCAGGUGGGAUGGGGAGUGACAAACACUGUUCUCUGUCAGUCACUUCACCCACCAUUCCUGUCCCACAUUUGGCCCUGACUCUGGGCAGCCGUCCCCUCCAAUCCCCAGGUUCUCUCUUAAACCUGCCCUCUUUUAGGGGUGGGGUUUUCAGGCUGAAGGUUACAUGGCAGAGCAGAGAAAAUCCCAGCAGAUGGGGACUCCUGGGUCACAGGCCCUCUGCCUCAAUCCCACUAAGUGACCUUGGCCACUCCCUUCCUCUCCCUAGGCUUCAAUUUCCCUAUCUCCCAAAUUGGGAAAUUCUCUGCUUGCCUCCCUUUCCUGAAGCACUGCUGUUGACCUUGAUUCCUGAAGUCACACAGGCCAUUGUUCCUUCACCUGCCCCUGUUCUCACCCUGGAAAUCUGAUUUAUCCUUCAAUGACUUGGUGAUAUGUGUACUAACCCUGGCUUUACCCUUGUCCUGGCCCAGUAGCAGGGGCUCCUCCUGUCCACCUCCUGGUCUGAUCUUCCCUCUGCGCAUCUAUUCUAGGCAAAAAUGAUGGAAAGAGCUUGGUGGCUUCUGGCUCAGGAGGCAUAGACCUUACUGCAGCCUCCCAGAGUGAGUGCUGCUGGGAGGCUACAGGCCCCUUCUCUGUCCUGAGCCACCUCUUCUGCCUGCUGCUCCCUGCCUACCCCCACCCCAUCUUGUUUGUCCUGGUGGACACUGUGUGGAGGCUGCUUCCCUCCCCUCUCCUCUUCUUUGCACCAGUGGCCAGAAGCCUCAGCUCCUGUCUCUCCAGAUGACUGGGGAGCCCCUGGCUCUUGAGAUAAGGGGCACAGGUCUCAGGCCAGAUGAAGGUGGGGCUGGCCUCAGGCAAGAGUGGUUUCCUUUCCUGGUUAACUGGACUUUAUAUUGCGCCUCCAAGCCUCUGUGUUUCCUUCCAAGAUACGGCGGUGAGGAAGGCACAGUCUUUUUUCCCCCUUCCCGUACAGGCCCCAAUUCCAUUUGAUGGAAAUGUGAGCUUUUUCCAAAGGAUACCCAUUGUUGCAUUAACCCCAAGGUUUUCAAAUGUCCCUCUUCUCUACUACACCCAGCCACCUCCUAAAGCUUGAGUUUGCUCACAAGGAGGCCCUGUGCCCCAGGGCAGAUGGGGCCCCUUAUUCUGGGCCCCCUCUUGCACCCAGCUGCUCACAUACAGGCCAGUGCCUCCUGAACCAUCCCACCUGACCUGGGAGCAACACUCUGCACCUGUUGGUCCUCAGCCACCCUCCCCCCAGAACGCUACAAGGAGGGAGAUCUGCUGCUACAGUCCCACCACGAGCUCCUGUAUGUACAGGUGGAUGGACAGACGGACCGUCCCCAGAGGUCUGCCACUGGGACGCAUGCACCAGACACGUGGCUCCUAACACUUGACACUCUUAAUCCUACUCAUGGGCAGGGCGGAGGGGGCUGGGUUUUUCUGUGUUUUGUAAUUUCCUACUAGGAUCCGGGUAACUAUGGGUGGGGAGGGUGAUGUGGGGCAGGGGCCAUAUCAUUGUGAUCACUUUUUUGAUAUUUG